AUGGAAAGGGAGUGGUUGAAAUUGGCCAUCUCGACAUUUCUUUUCUUGGGACGGACUAUUUCAUCAACAAUCUAUUUGAAUACAACUCUUUUCAUUCUAUCCGUGGAUCCAAGGCAGCUGGUUGUAUAUGCGCCCUCCAGUCUCGCUCUUUUCUGGAUCUCGCAUUGCGGCAUGGCUCGCAACUCUGAUAUAUCUGGAUUUGGGUCAAAUACUAAUACUUCGAACUCGUUGUUCGGCGGCCAAAAUCGACCAUUCGGUUCCACAAGCACCACUACUGGUGGUGGAUUCGGUUCAAACACCCAAACAUCCGCGUUCGGCUCAUCCGGGUUUGGAACCGGUACAAGUGGCUUUGGCUCAACGUCAAACACCGGAACGGGUGGUGGAAUUUUCGGCAGCAAACCGUCUGGCGGGUUUGGGUCAACAGGUAAUCAAACCGGAAGUAUAUUUGGAGGCACUUCAACUUCUAGUCCAGCUACCAACACUGGAACAGGCUUUGGAGCUACUACGGCUGCCUCAGGAUUCGGUGGCAGUGGAACUGCCCUCGCUGGUGAAGUCCCGCCCUCUCAGGGUACCGCCAACCCAACGUUUAGCCCGUUUACGGAAAAGGACCCUGGUUCCUCAAACACCAGCAACUACCAAAGCAUAAGCUUUAUGACCCCGUAUCAGAAAUACUCCUUCGAGGAAUUACGAGUUGCCGAUUAUGAACAAGGAAGACGGUAUGGGAAUGCUAGCGGCCAGCCUGGUGCAUUUGGCUCCUUCUCUGGGUUUGGACAAGGAUCCAGCGGGUUUGGUACUACCGCUGCCAGCUCAUCUCCAUUCGGUGGUUCCACCACGGCUACCUCCGGCUUUGGUACCCAAAAUCAGACUCAGAACACUGGCUUUGGAUCAAAUACUUCUAACCCACUGUUUGGAGCAACAAAACCGGCUACUGGUAUAUUCGGCCAAACCGGUUCCACGCCCUCUACAGGCUUUGGAACCACUGGAACUACUGGGGGGUUUGGUACCUCGACUACCAAUACGUUCGGAGGAGCCAAUACUGGCGGUGGCUUGUUCGGCAAUACCCAACAAAAGACGACUGGAUUUGGUACCACCGCCACUCCGACCUUAGGAACUGGGUUCGGUACACAGACGAACACCACUAACUCUUCGCCUUUUGGCAAUACCCAAACUUCGACCACUUUCGGCCAGCAGGGAAGCAGCGGAUUCGGCACAUUUGGCCAGAACCAAAACCAAGCCAAGCCGGCAUUCGGGGGCUUUGGUCAAACUCAACCACAACAGCAGCAAACUGGCGGGGGUCUUUUUGGAAGUACCCCCGCUACUUCUGGGACCGGUAGUUCGUUGUUCGGCAAUAAUAACCAACAGCAAGGGUCAUCCAUCUUUGGUCAGCAGAAUCAGCAGACCAAUACCAGUGGUGGCCUCUUCGGCAAUACCCAGCAAAACCAACAGCAGCAGAAGCCUGGAGGUCUGUUUGGUACUGGGCUAGGAACUAAUACCUCUACAACAGGCACUUCUGGAUUUGGGUUGGGCACUUCCCAGCCUGCGCAGCAAACUAGCUCACUGUUUGGGAAUACGCAACAGAAGUCAGGUAGUUUGUUUGGCACGACUCCUACACAAGGUUCUUCAUUGUUCGGAAACAAUUCAGCCCCUGCAUCCUCGAGCAUUUUUGGCGUAGGAAAUUCUACUCAGAAUACACAACAACAGCAGACUGGUGGACUGGGAACUGGCGGAAACAGCUUAUUUGGCCAAUCCCAACAGCAACCACAGCAGCAACAGCCAUCGCCAUCUGGGUUCCAAGCGUCUCUCCUUGAUGGUAACCCAUAUGGCAGCCAAUCUAUCUUCUCUGGCCUGCCUGCACCCAACACCCCAUCUCCAGGUCCACUGGCCACCCCCCUGUCCGCUAGCAUGAAACAAAAACAGCGCACACCACUACCUAUGUAUAAAAUCUCCCCACUUGCCGCAAACCGUCUGGUUACUCCCCCUACUCGUCAAGGCUAUGGAUUUAGCUACUCCACUUCCAGUACUGCGAGCACCCCUGGAAGCAGCAGCAUCUUUGGUGGAAGCCUGCGAAGCGGUGGCAGCCUUGGACGAAGUUUUGGCAAGAGCUUGACUGGUAGCAGUAGCCUUCGAAAGACCUGGGACCCAGAGACUGACAGCAUUCUCUCCCCUGGAGCUUUCUCUGCCGGCAAUUCUAGACAAAGUGGAAGCCUAAAGCGCUUGACCAUUGACCGCAACCUUCGCACUGAUUUGUUUUCCCGCUCGGCGUUGACCAAUGGUGAUGAGGCCGCACCACCAUCUAGCAAACUGAAGAAGAAAGUCAGCUUUGAUGACGCUGUCUCUCCAGGAGACUCUGCUGACAAGGCCAAUGGGGCUAUUGUCCGUGUCGAAUCUGAUACUUCUGAGCCGACUCCCGAAGAGCUCGGAUUCUUAAGGUCCGCUCGUAAACAAUCUUCUGCUAAUUCUACUCCAACUGCACCCAAGAGCGUUGAGCUUCCUAACGGUGCUCCAAGCGCAUCCUCGACCCCACAGAUGGAACAAGUUAGAGGCAAAGAGCUAGCUACCGUCCCAGAAAAUGGCGAGCAACCUGCCCUCACCACCCCAACCAAUAAACCCCUCGUUAUUGUUCCUAACGUGGACCCUAAGCCUGGUGAAUAUUGGAUGAAGCCAUCUCGUGCAGAGCUCAGCAAAAUGUCUCGUGAAGAGCUGAAACAGGUCCCUAAUUUCACAGUUGGCCGUGUUCGUUGUGGAUCUGUUACAUUUGACAGACCAGUUGACCUAACCACCGUCAACCUUGAUGACAUCUUUGACAAAAUUGCCAAGAUCACCAUCCGUUCUAUUACCGUUUACCCCGAUGAGGCAACUAAGCCUCCUCGUGGCAAGGGCCUUAACAUGCCAUCUACCCUUCGCAUUGAGAAUUCCUGGCCUCGUGGGAGAGACAAGAGGAGCCCAUCGCCAUUCACUUCCGGGCCAACGUUCGAGAAGCAUAUCAAACGUCUUAAGGAAGUUACGAACACUGAAUUCAUUGACUAUGAGAAGGAGACCGGUACUUGGGUCUUCACCGUCCCUCAUUUUACGACGUAUGGACUUGAUUAUGAUGAUGAUGACGAGGAUGAAGGUGAGAGCUUUAAUCAAAGCACUUUAAGCGCUGCUCCUGACUCUGUCGCUUCAAAUGAUCAGACCCCCACGCAGUCGUCCGGAAUCCGCAAUUUUGAUACCUCAAUGAGUAUUGAAAGCUCCCUUUUUGACGACUCUGUUAGCGGUUUGGAAGAUGAUACCUUUGAAUUUAAGAAAAAGAAACCCGUUCCGGGGGCAUAUGCUCGCCAGGGGGUAAAUGGAAUGGGGGCGUUACCGGAAGACAUGGAAUCUGAAAAUGAAGCCGACCAGGAUUCUUUUUUAGAGGACGGCUCCGCGGGUUCAGUUACUAAUGAGAGUGAGGAACAGCUGGAAAGCAUGUCACCUUCUGCAUCAGAACUUGAAUCGGACAGGGACGAGGAUAUGGAAAUGGCUGGUUCCUUCCCAGUCCCUGACCAAACCGUGGAGCUCACCUUGACUGGCCCCUUGAAGAAGAACAACUUAUUUCAAUCUAUGCCUCGAUUCGGCACUCCUACAAAGUCCGCGGACCUUAACCUUCAGGGUAACUGGGCUGAACAACUUCAACGAACUAUCAGUCCACGAAAGCAAGAUAGACAAGCUCUCCGGGAGGUCCAAGAUAGGGCUUUUUUAGACAGAGACGAAGAUGAGAGCCCAACCGCAACGUCGAAAGCAACUGAAGAGCGCCCAACGCAGUUCACUACUAGUAUCGAUCUUAUGAACUCACUAUUCCGACAACCCAAACGGCAAGGGACGUCUCCUGCUCCUGCUCAAUCAUUGAAAGCCAAAAGUGGAUUAGAGUGGCCUUAUCCAAAGAAACCCAAGACUUUUGCGGGAAAAUCAAGCGAAAUGGCGGAAAUUGAGGCCUCAUUUCAUCACUCGACCAAGGCACGAUGGGGUGUCCUUGACGAGGUUGUGCUUCCAAACAAUAGACCCGAGGUACCUGUUUAUGGAGAGAAAAGAUUGGUGAACGUUAGUAAAUUUGAUCAUGAAACUGCUGAGGCCCAAAACCCUCUACAAUUGCAGAAAACAAAAUCAAUUGUUCGCCUAGUCGACAAUGUGCCUUUUGCAUCCUUGGCCCUUCCCAACUUUGGAGCCUUAGCAGAGGCUGUUAUUGACACUACCAAAGCGGCGGACACUGAGAGGUGGCUGUGGCAACUGGCUAACAUCUUGUUCAAUGAUGAUUUGGAAGACGAUAUUUCUGAGGGUGUCCCUGCUGGACUGCUUGAUAACUAUAAACAUCGUAUCAAGAAAGACCGCCUUAGUCGAUUGUGGGAAACAAUGAUCCGUACCCAUCAUCCCAACGAGACUGGAGAUCUCAAAACAGCGGAAGAACGCGCCUUUUCCUACCUGUGCGCCCAUCGUGUUGAGGAAGCAUGCAAGUUACUUAUUGAUUCUGGGAACCCGCACUUAGCGUCUCUCGUUUCGCAGAUAGGCCGUGAUGAAGAUACCAGGAAAGCUAUGCAAGACCAGAUAGAAUCAUGGCGCAAGGCCGGUAUCUCUUGUGAAAUUAGUGAGCCUAUUCGGGCCAUCUAUGAGCUGCUUGCAGGUAACUGCCUACGCAGUGAAGGAAAACCAAGCGGGCCUCCAGAGGAGCGAAUCUCAACCUUCAAUAUGUCAGACCGUUUUGAACUUGAUUGGUUCCAGGCAUUUGGCCUCCGGCUAUGGUAUGGAAUCUCAGACGACGAUCCAAUUGAGGACGCUGUGACCUUAUUCCAUCAUGAUGUAUACCAUGAAGGUGAACCUCAGCAUCCACUCGCUGUCGCUACUAAAGACUCCAACCAAAAGCCGGGUGACGACCCUGUUGGUCGCGAGUCUCCCUUCUGGAUUUUGUUGAAAACUUAUACCCUCGCCGUUAACGAUGGUACUCACCCAGAAAUCGCCCCAAUUCAGAUGCCAGCUGCUAUUACUCCAGUUGCAGUUUCCGGCCACAUGUUGCACAAUCGUCUAUCAUUCCAACUAUUCCACCAUCUAUCUAAAGUGGUUGGACAUCACGACGUUUUUGCAGUGGACCAAUCUCGAGCAGAUCAACUUGCUUUGGACCUUUCUUGGGAGCUCACUACUGCCGAACAAUAUGCACCCGCUUUGUUUGUCCUCCUACAUCUUUCCCGCCCUUCAGACCGGGAGCGGAGUGUAAAGGAGAUUUUAAGUCGUUUUGCUUCUUUGAUUCCUUCUCCAACAGCUGAGAAUGGAACUCCAAGUUCUCUAUGGACAUAUCUUACUGUGGAACUUCAGGUCCCACCAGAUUGGCUUUGGAUUUCUAAGGCGCUACACUCCCGAGCUAUUGGCGAUAUUGCUAGCGAAGUAGAGUGUCUCAUCCAUGCCAAACACUGGAACGAGGCUCAUGGAACCUUCUACCGCAUUGUUGCCCCUAAGGCAGUUAUUGAAAGAGAUUAUGAUACGCUUGCCUCGCUGCUCAGUGGAUUUGGGGAAAGCCCAGAACGAAGAGUUAGAGACUGGGCGGAUGGUGGUGCCGUGUACCAGGAUUUCCUCCAGCUAGUGAAUGCAAAGGGAGGAUGGAGAGACCCAGCUCCGCUAAAACGAUUGCUCAAGGCACUUGCACACCUUGGUGGAAAAGUUGAAAAGUCAGCAACUUCUAGCUUGUAUGAGCGCAUUGCUUUUAGGGAAAUGAGCCGUUUGGUUGCGGGAUGGGCUACAAAAGAUGUUGGAAACGUAAGUCUUGCCGUGCCUCGGAUGAAUUAUCAUAUCAACAAACAAAAUCUAACAUAUCAACCAGAAUAUCGAGUCCUCCACAAUUCUUAA